AUGCCGGUCGCGACAUCACCGGAGCUCGGCUCGCCGAGAGCGGAAAAAAAGUCUAAAAAGUCACCGAAAUCGGAAAAGAAGCGCUCACGAGAAGAGGACGCCGCUGCCGAUCCUGAUGAGCGCAAGCACAAGAAGUCCAAAAAAGUAUUGGAUGAUACCAGCCAAGAACAGGAAGAUGUAGCCGACAAGAAGGAGAAGAAGGAGAAGAAGGAAAAGAAGGAAAAGAAGGAGAAGAAGGAGAAGAAGGAGAAGAAAGAGAAGAAAGAGAAGAAAGAGAAGAAGAAGAGCAAGCGAGACGGCGACGAAACUCCGAGCAAGAGCGAGCACAAGAAAUCCUCAAAGAAGCAAGCCUCUGGCGACGAAAAGUCGGAACGCAAAACGAAGAAGUCCAAAAAAGAUAGCGACGAGGCUGCCGCCAUAGAUACGGAAGACGAUGCCGCUCUUGCGCAAUUGCAACUGGAAAACGAAUCUCAGCAGGUGGCAGAAGACGCCAUGGAUGUUGACGAGCCAGUCAUCAACACAAUUUCCGACAUUCACCAACCUCCCGACAUCCCCGCCAACCCUCAAUUCCCCUUCUUCUCGCAGACAGUCUCGCUAUACGAACCCAUAUACCCCAUUGGCUGGGCACAGCCCGUCACCAACUGCGAGUUCCACUAUCUCCGUCAUCUGCAGAACAAGUACGUGCCCUCACUGGCAGGCGUUCUCCUGGGCUACAAGAAUGUGACGCUUGGCAACGAGCCCAGCCGCGAGGGAGCCGCCAAGAACGACGAAGAAUUCACGACGCUCAAGUCGCAGCGCGAGUACGGCGUAGGAUUUGGCUGGAUCACGGCCGACGUGGACUUAUUCGUGCCGAGCCGCGGCGCCUGGAUGGAAGGCAGUAUCAACCUCCAGACCGAGGGCCACAUCGGCGUCGUAUGCUUUGGCAUGUUCAACGCCUCGAUCGAGGCCCGCCGGCUGCCCCCGUCGUGGAGCUGGGUGUCCAACGACGACGCCGGGAUCGAGGGCAUGGAGGAGACGGCUUCCGUUGCGGCGCCCGACGAGCAUGGCGUCGUGCAUCAGAUCCACAGCACCGGAUUUUGGGUCGACGUCAACGGCGACAAGGUCAUGGGCAAGAUCCGCUUCCGAAUACGCAACUUUGAUGUCGGCGUGAGCGGCGAAACGACGUACCUGAGUCUUGAAGGUACGAUGCUCGAUAGGGCUGGCGAAAAGACGCUGGUGCGGCAAGAGGCGGAGGCGGUCAAGAUGCGCCGCGACAUCAAGAAUCGUUGGGGGGAGCGUCGCCGUGCACCCGAGUUUAGCAUGACGCGAUUCUUUUCGGAAGAGGAGAAGCAAGCACACGAGGAUCGAGAAGCGGCGAAGGCUGAGCGGGCCACCGCCGCGGCCGCUGCCGCUGCGGCCGCUGCAGAGACUGAGGCAGCAGCUGCAUCUGGUGGAUCAAAGAUUGUGUUUGAUGAUUGA